AUUUCCCUCCCCGUCCGCCCCGGCUGCUCCUCGGCGGGCCGCCCUCCUCCGACUCCCACCCUCCAGCGGUUGUCGACAGAGAAGACACGGCAACGCGAACAUGGGAGUGGAAAUUGAGACGAUAUCUCCGGGCGACGGAAGGACAUUCCCGAAGAAGGGGCAGCGCGUCGUGGUGCACUAUGUCGGUACCCUGGAAGAUGGAAAAGUCUUCGACUCGUCGAGGUCCAGGGGGAAGCCUUUUAAAUUCAGGAUUGGACAUCAGGAGGUUAUCCGAGGCUGGGAGGAGGGAGUAGCUCAGAUGAGUGUCGGCCAGCGGGCGAGGCUCACCUGCUCCCCAGACUUUGCCUACGGCGCCAAAGGUCACCCAGGGAUCAUCCCACCAAACGCCACUCUCAUCUUCGACGUGGAGCUGAUUAGUCUGGAGGCUUGAAACUCGUGCACUCAGCUUUCUUUAUUUCCACUCAGAUUUUUAGGGUUUGACUCCAGUCCCGGGAACAUGGAGGACAUAAAGAUGAUUCCUGCAUAGGACCUACAUCACUUUUUCAUUCUCCUGUCCAUUCAGAUCCAUGCUAAACAAUCUCACUGUUUAGGUUAGACUCCAAGUCAUAGGUCAGCCCACCCCGAGUGUUUUUUGCUCUGUUACUGGCGUGUAUUUAGAAGUUCUGUUUGUUUUUGGACUUAAAUUUGACGUUAUUGGCUAUGUUCGCUAACAGGACCAUGCUUUAGGUAGAUGUCAUCAUUCCUGUGGCUCUGUGGUUCCUACGUUGUAUCAAGAGUCAAGAAUCGAUGGUGAUAAUGGGAGGGAAAAAUUAGAAGUGAUGGACGGUGGUGGAAAUAUCCAACAGGGGAUAAAAAAAAAAAAUCAUAAUUGAAGGUCUUAACAAAUGUGAGACUUUUUGUUCAGCCGCAUUGGUUUCUUUAUUUUCAAAGUGACUUAAUUUGUGUAAUGUUUACAACAACCGCAACAAAAAAAAAAAAGGUUAGACCUGCUUCUUUUGCUUCUUCCGAGGACCUUAAGGAGUCAUUUUACCCAAAGCACCGCUUUCUCAUGCACAGUUUUGUCACACUGCUUGGCUUUUCCUUAAUUAUGAAGUGUUAUUUAAUGGUGUUACAGCACAGUAAAAACAAACGGGAAAUAAAGGAAACAAGCUUCUUAUUUACCAAAAGGAAACAGGGUGAUUAAUGUGCCAUUUACACUUUCUGACAGAAAUUAAAUAUACACUGAUGCCCAUAUAGGUGGAAAAAAAACUUUUUAGAUAUUCUUUUUUUUUUUUAUUGAUGUUAAGCUUUCAUUGUUGCAUUUUUUUUUUUUUUUAGGAGUCGAUCAAUAACUUUUGAGAAGAUCCACUCUCAAAAAUCUUAACUCACAUUUUCACAAUUAUUACAUAAGAGAUGAAACUCAUUUUUUUCCAACUUUAUGGGCAACAGUGUUGAAGCACAUCUGUGAAUAAGGACUUUUUUUGCUUUGGAUACAAAAGUUGGAAUAUGGCAAUAUUAAGUAAACCAUAUACAAACCAUAUUUUGCAAUAAAAUGCUCUCAGACUGCUCAAA